AUGCUGCUCACAUCCUCACAAGUGUCGGUAGCCGUGUCCUGUGGAGUCGUCGUCUGCUGCACCGUCGCCCUCUUCCUCUCGGGCUACUUCAUCCAGCAGCGCACCCUGCGCACCCUCCGCGCCGCCAUCCGCGAGCCGCCCAAGCCCUCGCCCAAGAUCUUCCUGCCGGACCGCUUCAAGAUCCAGACGACCGAGCUGCCCGACGGGACCAUCAUCGUCCUCGACGGCAACAGCAACAACGACGGCGAGGACCUGUUCGCCGGCGCCCAGGCGGCGGCGGCGCAGCAAGAGCCGCAGCAGCAGCAGCAAAAGGAGCAAGUCCUCGUCGAGGUGAAGCAGAGCGUGCCGGAACUGCGCAAGAAGGACGAGGGGGCGGAGGAGGAGGUGCUGCGCGGGGAGGCCACGGCGGCGCAGCAGGAAGCGCAGGAGAAGCUGCGCAAGAUAGAGGCCGAGGAGCGGGAGGCGCGAGAGGCAGACGCCGGGAAGGCGCGGCAGAAGACGACGACGACAACGACGGCCAAGGCGGCACAAAAGAAGAAGAAGAAGAAGAAGCAGAAACAGGCGUCCAAGGGUGACGGCAAAGACGGCAGCGAGGAGGAGAAACCGAUCAGCAGCGCGGAAAGACGGCGGCGCAUCCGCGAGGAGAUCCGGAAGCUGGCAGAGGGCGACAAGCCGAUAUACUACCAGCGCCGGCUGUAUUGA